AUGGGCUCUGAGGCAACCUGGGACUUUAUCAUUGUCGGCGGCGGCCCCACCGGCUGUGCUCUCGCGGUCAAUAUAGAUCGCUCGACAACCCGUCCUCGAGCCCUGCUUUUGGAAGCAGGCGUGCGGGGUGAUGACAAGUCCUUGCAUGUGGAUGGUCAGCGAUGGAACACCUUCCUGAACAAAGAGGUGAACUGGGGAUAUAAGACCGUACCUCAGGAGAACUGCAACGGCCGUCAACUCGACUACUCACAAGGCAAAGUACUGGGCGGUACCACUGCCAUUAGCUUUUCAGUCUUCACCGUGGGGUCUCGGGACGAGUAUGACGAGUGGGCGACCGUUGUGGGAGACGAGUUGUAUAAGUGGGAUCGCAUGCAGCCGCGAUUUCGACGCUUGGAAACUUUCGACAGCACAAUUUCAGAGCCGAAGAACGCAAAAUAUGCUGGUCCGAAAUCUUCAGAUCAUGGAUCCCAAGGUGCUCUGCGAGUAGGCUUUGCUUCAGAGUGGGAGCAAGACGUACCCUUGAUGCUGGAUGUUUUCGAACAAGCAGGCCUUGUUCGUAAUCCUGAUCAGAACUCGGGCAAUCCGAUCGGAAUGGCUCUGGUUGUCAAUUCAGCCCACAAAGGAAGGAGAAUCACUGCAGCCGAUCUGCUGGGCGCGGCACCGGAGAAUCUAAAAGUCAUCACAGAGUCCCCAGUGCACAGGGUUGUCCUCGACGGGAAGAAAGCGAUCGGAGUGGAAUGCAAUGGCAAACAAUAUCACGCUUCCAAAGAAGUCAUCGUCGCCGCAGGUGCACUUGGUUCCCCGAAGAUCUUGAUGCAUUCUGGAAUCGGCCCUGCCGAUCAACUUGAAAAAUUCCGGAUAUCAGUUGUUGAGCACCUUCCAUCAGUGGCUCAAGGUCUUAAAGAUCAUUUUAAUGUUCCUCUCUGCUUCCAACGGAAGCCAGAAACGAAUGAUCGAAAUGCCUUCUUCGGCGAUAAUGCCACCAUGGACCGAGCUAUGGCGCAGUGGAUGAAGGACGGAACAGGGCCAUGGUCACGCUACUCGUGUCAGUUCGCAGCUGGCUUCUUCAAAUCAGACAAUCUCCUUGCGUCGGCAGAAUUUCAGGCGCUUCCGCCAUCUGUUCAAGACUUCCUGAAGCGGGGGAGACGCUAUAUCUGCCUGGGGUUGUUUCUCCUGAACGAACAAUCCAGCGGCGAAGUCCGCCUCCAGUCGUCGAACCCAGACGACCCGCUGUUGUUUGAUCCCAAGUUCCUUUCCCAUCCCUUUGAUCGCCGCGCUUGUAUCGAGAUCCUUCGCGACGCACUCCAAGUGACCAAGCACGAGUCAUUCCAGAAAGACACCGUGGCCCCAAUGGGUGUGCCGUCGUCCGAAUCCGACGAUGACCUUCUCAACUUCUGGAAGAACAACCUCAGUUCGGUCUGGCACAUGAUGGGGACAGUCACGAUGGGCAGACCCGGUGACGCGAAGGCGGCAGUGGACAGUCGAUUCCGCGUGUUCGGCAUCGAGAAUCUGCGCGUGGCGGACCUGAGCGUUGUGCCAGUUCCCCUGAACACCCACCCGCAGGUUCCCGCGUGCAUGAUCGGUAUGACCUGCGCAGAGGUGUCGAUUAAGGAAUAUGAUCUUAUGUAA